AUGCUGAAUACCAGAGCCCUCGGAGAGGUCUUCAAAAAGCACAGCGAUGACCGCCUCUACAAGCGCUGGUAUCUGAUGACCCCAAACGGUACCCUCCUCGCUUACAGGCAGCCGGCAGACAUUUCAGACUUGCGUAUGAACACCGCAAAGGCCGCUAUCGUCUGGCAGGAACACCAAACUCCGCAGCGGUCUGAGUCCGCUACUGAGGAUGACACUACCAAGGCCUCAAUGCCCACCCUCUUGCGAACACUGACCGUGGAGGCGGAGUCUGGAAACACCAUCAUUCGCAAGAUCCAGCCACAAAUGCUUCUUGUUCUCGAAGGCGGCGUGCCGCCACGAAAGCGCACCUUUGAGCCUCGAGUCACACCCGAAGGACCAGGCGAUGCGCCAUAUCCAACAGGCGCUGCUCAGCAGGCGGAUUCCACACUUAAUUCCUCUGCAUCCUCAGUGGCAGAAAGCACGAAAAGCAGUGUCGUGCCUGGAGGCGUACUGGGCCUGCAGAGACGAAAGCUAGAUGUGCUCGCCGCCAUGAUCGCGCAGAGUUUCGAGCAGACAGCAUUUCGCAUGCCUGAUGAAGGGUCUACGAAGUACUUCUAG